CGUGAACUCUCAUAUUAGCCCCUCCUCGCACCUCCCCAACAUCCACGCCGGACCCCCGAACAUCAACAUAUCCAUCCUCCGUUCAACCAGACACCUGCAUAAUGUCUACCGACGCAAUCAAGACUGUGUCCAGCUUCAUACUCGAUGCUCCACCUGGCGAGCUCCAAGACGUAAUCAGCGACGUCAAAUCACUCAUCGGCGGCGACGCGAGCAUCACCGCCAACCUUGCGCCCGCCGUGGAAACGUACAAUAAGGAGCAGCUCAUCAGCACGAAGCUACCGGGGGCCGGGGGGAAAUUGGUCAUUGUGUCAGAGUAUAAUGAUCUCGGGGAUGGAAGGUUCUAUGAUACCGAGGCCAAUAGCUCUUGGGCUUUUGACCAUAUUACGCAGAAAGCGUCGAGUGUGCAGAGCUAUGUGCUUGAGUCGAAGAAUGCCGACUUGAUCAAGUCACUCCUCAAAUCCCUGGCGCCUCACGUUUCCGAGCACUACCCUUCCCUCCCCGCCUACGGCGCAUACCCCUCCAACGAUGACACGACCGUCGCACUCGUAAUAACCGGCAACAAAUACAGCCCCGCGAACUACUGGAACGGCCGCUGGCGGAGCAUCUACAACUUCGACCCGUCCACGAACACUCUCACUGGCGAGCUGAAAGUAGACGUCCACUACUACGAAGACGGCAAUGUGCGAUUGCUUACCACUCAUGCGGUCGACGUCGAGGUUCCCGGCGGCAGCGCCACAGACGUGGUGAAGGCCAUCGCGAAAAAGGAAAAGGAGUACCAGGAGAAGCUGAAUGAUGCGUUUGGACUCCUUAGUGAGGGUGCGUUCAAGAGUCUGAGGAGGCAACUCCCCAUUACCAGGCAGAAGAUCGAUUGGGACAAGAUUGGGAGCUACAGGCUUGGACAGCAGGUCGGCCUGUUUCCUACGCAUGAACAAUCGUAGAACGGUAAGUGGAGGCGCAGGACGAGAUGGUGGUAGGGGAGAAAGGCGGAGGGUUCGCUAUGCCUAAUAAUGGAU